AUGGCUCUCUCUUGCCAUCAUACUUUACGUUUCUAUUUUUGGUUUGCGCAUGCGUGGAACGCGGCGGUUUGGCGGGAAGUUGGCGGGAAAAUGGAGGAAGAGCUGAUCACGGCGUUCGAAGUGUUCCAGAUAGUACUGGAGAGCGGCUCUUCACUGGUGGACCGCUUGCGAGACCUGGCCGUCCAAUACGGCCUGACUGCAGACGAGCUCUCAGAACACUGGGUGGCUUACGCCGCCAACGGAUCACGUGAGCUGACAGAGGGGUCAUGUGACGAGUGGAGCAUCAAGCUGGCGGCCAGCAAGAAGGGGGGAGUGGGGAAGAAGCAUGGGCAGCUGUCAGAGAGGAAAGUUUACACAAAGAACGACAUUGCCGAACUGUUUGAAGACGAUCUGAUUGGUCAGUACGGAGCUCUUGGUGACGAGGAUUUCUCAACUCAAAUGCAAUGUGGGGUCAAAAGGUCAGUUGAAGAGACCACACCUCCUAGCUCCACCCACAAGGUAAGGGUGAUGGAGAAUGGAGCCACGCCCACCACACCUCUGUCGUCACGGAGACACACUGUCGACAACUCAGGACACAAUGGAUUAACCCCUAGCACACCGGCUGGGUCAUACGCCCAGCGGAAGAACUCUGGAGCCGUGGCUUGUAGUCUUAACGAGAGGGACGUCCCCUUGUCCCGCGGGCGAGGCAGAAGAGGAGAGGUGAAAGUGGGGCACUAUGACUCGAACCUUGCACUCACGGCCCCCUAUCAUCAUGUCUUCCAGAAGAUCUCUGACAAGGCUCUCGCUCUGCUAGAGUGGGCGGAGGAACUAGGCAGAGCUAUCUGCCACACCCACGGGCUCCCGGAGCCCCUCCCACUCUCCCAGCCGUCCCUGGAGCCAGCGGUGUACGUGGGUCGCGUGGUGUGCGAUGGGGAAGGACACCUCAACUCUAGCUCCGUCCUCCUGGAGGGGGCUCUGCAACCCGGCACUCUUCUCUCUCAUCGCGUGAGGCUGGAGAUACCUGGCUCCUCUGGACCCUACUCCCUCUUCCCCGGACAGGUUGUGGCUGUGGAAGGAGUCAACACUUUCAGUGGGACUCUGGUCCCAACUACCAUCUAUGACCAGGGAAUGUACCCUCCUCUGCCCAAGAGGCCACAGGACACUAUUGGAGGGUUCUCAGCAGUGGUAGCAGCUGGUCCAUUCUCCACCUCUGACUCACUGGAUACCACUCCUCUCAAUGACAUCAUCGCCAUGGUGAAGAGGGAGGGGCCAGACAUCCUUCUCCUGAUGGGGCCUUUUGUUGAUGUCAACAACAGUGUUGUCAAGACAGGAAGUCUGCCGGAGGACAUGACUCUACAGCAGUUCUUCAGCCACAGGAUAUUGCAGCCUCUGGUUGACUGUGUCAGUAGUCAGAGAACCCAGCUGCUACUGAUGCCAUCUCAGAGAGAUGCUCACCAUCCGUUCGAGGUCUAUCCUCAACCUCCAUUCCAGACCAACACCACCAGACAGGACAGAGGGCGUGUCCUGCUCCUCCCUGACCCCUGUACUCUGAGUGUUAAUGGAGUCUGUAUCGGAGCCACAUCCACUGACAUCCUCUUCCAUCUGUCAGCUCGCACCAUGUUCCUUGGAUCGUCAGGAGACAGAAUGGGACGGCUAGCUGGACACAUUCUGAAACAGCAGUGCUACUAUCCACUGGUCCCGCCGUAUCGUAGAGAGGAACCACACCCACAGAUUAAGGCGGAGCCAGGCAGCAAGCCCCGCCCACCCAGCGAGGCGUGCGAGGUAAACAUGGACUACAUCCAGGCGUUUGAGGAGAGGCGAGCGACCUUACCGACCAGACCUGACCUCUUGUUGCUACCCUCUGACCUCAAGCCCUUCAUCAAGGUUCUGGAAGGGUGUGUGUGUGUCAAUCCGGGUCACCUCACUAGGAAGAAGACUGGAGGAACUUUUGUCAAACUGGUUGUACCUGAAUUGCCAGCCAAACCUGAUCUUAGCUCUGACGUAGCAAUUAGCGUUGUUCACAUAUAA